GUUCCAGUAUGCAUCAUCUCAACACUGUCGCUCUGAGGACGUUCAAGCACACUCGGUUGUUUCGUAAAUACUGUGAGUUCACCGCGAAAUCUAACCGAGCGGAUCCGUGCGAUUCUCGACUUGAAUAACAUGGGUUAAGAUGUUUGGAUAACUCUGCUCGAGGAUGGAGACUCGGAUAUUGUGUUUCGACAGGACAGAAAUCACAGAAGGGCUUUAAUAUCUUCUUCGGUUCUCCUCGUCUGUUGUGUGUGAGAGAUGAUCGCAGUGUUUGUGUGCAGCGCGGCCGCUUUCAUCCUGUACGUCAACACACUGGACGCGGACUUCUGCUAUGAUGACAGCCGUGCUAUCAAAACCAACCAGGACCUUCUCCCCGAAACGCCUUGGAUCAACAUCUUCUACGAUGACUUCUGGGGGACGCUUCUCACCCACAGCGGCAGCCACAAGUCGUACCGGCCGUUCUGCACGCUGUCCUUCCGCCUGAACUACGCCCUGAGCGGCCUGAACCCCUGGAGCUAUCACCUGAUCAACGUGCUCCUCCACUGCGCCGCCACCGCGCUCUUCUCCAGCUUCUCCGGCCUGCUGCUAGGGUCGGGCCGCUGGAGCCUGCUGGCCGGGCUUCUCUUCGCCGCUCACCCCAUACACACCGAGGCCGUGGCGGGCGUCGUGGGUCGGGCCGACGUGGGAGCAGCUCUUUUCUUCCUCUUGUCCCUGCGCUGCUACAUGCGGUACUGUGCCCUGAGGACGAGCGGCGUGCACGGGCGGAGCUGGCCGUGGUUUGUGAGCACGCUUGCGUGUGCUUCCUGUAGCAUGCUGUGGAAGGAGCAGGGCGUGACGGUACUCACUGUGGCGGCCGUGUACGACGUGUUUGUCUUCCAUCGGCUGAAGUUGCAGCAGGUUCCCGCACUCUUCUGCAAGAAGAAGAAUCUGCCGCUGCUGUCGAGUGUGUUUGUGUUGGGCUGUUGGGGAAUCUGUCUUCUGGCCGGUCGUCUCUACUGGAUGGGCAACAAACCUCCAAACUUCUCCAACUCGGACAACCCUGCAGCAGACUGCCCCUGUUUCCUGUCCAGGACUCUCACCUUCUUCUACCUGCCGGCUGUGAACGUUUGGCUCCUCCUCUGCCCUGACAUGCUGAGUUUCGAUUGGUCGAUGGAUGCUCUGCCACUUUUGAGGAGCGUUGCUGAUUGGAGGAACCUCCACACCGUUGCCUUCUACGGCUCGCUGCUGGCGCUGGCAUGGUUCGGACUCCGCAGCAGCCCGAACAAAGGCAAGGAGACCAACGGGAAAGUCCAUCAUGUAGCAAACGGGAAAUCCACGAACGGUCACAGCUGUACCUCUGAUCACGAACACUUGACUCUUUAUUCAAAUGGAACUAAUGGUACUGUAAAACACCAUGUGUCGUCUUUACCCAGCACUGAGAGUCUGGUGCUGUUCUCAUUGGGUCUGCUGGCCGUUCCCUUCAUCCCAGCCACCAACCUCUUCUUCUACGUGGGCUUUGUGGUGGCCGAGCGAGUGCUCUACAUCCCCAGUAUGGGCUUCUGUCUGCUGGUAGUGCUGGGGAUGAGAUCUUCAUAUGUCAGACUGAGGAGGAAGUCCUCCAGAACACUCCUGAUGGGCUCCUGUGCUGCUCUGGUGCUUCUGUUUGGGAUGAAGACGGUUCUGAGGAAUCAUGACUGGCACAACGAGGAGAUGUUGUACAGGUCGGGGAUAUCUGUGAACCCUGCGAAAGCGUGGGGUAACCUGGGAAACAUCCUGAAGAACCAGGGGAAGGUGUUGGAGGCAGAGCGAGCGUACAGGAACGCUUUGUACUACCGCAGGAACAUGGCUGACAUGCUGUAUAACCUCGGUCUGCUGCUGCAGGAGAACAACAGAUUCUCAGAGGCUCUUCAUUACUAUAAACUGGCCAUCGGGAGCAGACCCACUCUGGCCUCCGCCUAUUUGAACACUGGGAUCGUCCUGAUGAAUCAGGCCCGUCUGGAAGAAGCCAAGCGCACCUUUCUCACCUGUUCUGAAAUCCCAGAUGAAAACCUGAAGGAUCCUCACGCACACAAGAGCUCUGUCACCAGCUGCCUGUAUAAUCUGGGAAAACUGCUUCAUGAACAGGGUCAUCAGGAGGAGGCCAUAUCUGUAUAUAAAGCAGCCAUACAGAAGAUGCCCAGACAGUUUGCCCCACAGAGUCUGUAUAACAUGAUGGGAGAGGCUUACAUGAGGCUCAACAAACUGACGGAGGCUGAGAUCUGGUAUAAAGAAUCACUGCGAGCCAAACCGGACCACAUACCUGCACACCUCACUUACGGCAAACUGCUGGCCAUGACGGGUCAGAAAACAGAAGCGGAGAAGUUCCUUCUGAAGGCCAUCGAGCUCGAUCCUACCAAAGGAAACUGCUAUAUGCAUUACGGUCAGUUUUUGCUGGAGGACUCGAGACUUUUGGAAGCUGCUGAAAUGGCACAGAAAGCCGCCCAAUUGGACAGUGAAGAAUUUGAUGUGGUGUUCAGUGCAGCUCAUAUGCUCAGGCAAGCGAGCCUCAAUGAUGCAGCUGAGAAAUACUACAGACGAGCAGCGAGUCUGAGAUCUAAUUAUCCUGCAGCCCUCAUGAAUCUCGGAGCCAUUCUCCAUCUGAACGGGAAGCUCCAGGAGGCCGAGGCCAAUUACCUGAGAGCCUUGCAGCUGAAGCCGGACGACACCAUCACCCAGUCCAACCUGAGGAAGCUGUGGAACAUCAUGGAGAAACAGGGCUUGAGGACUCAUGGACACCUUUGACUAAUGAGAGAAAUGCUCUCUCUGCUCACUACUGAGGUCACCUACAGCCUACGGCAGACGGAGGAAGUCUUCCUUACAGAACCUCUUUCUGGAAGACUAUAAAUCUGUAGAGCUCCACAGACCUGUCAAGAACGUCUCGAGCAUUUGCUCUUCAGAGAGCCUUGAGUCCUGCACUUGAAGUAGCCCAUAGAUAUAUACUUGAAGUCUCAUGUUGAUUAGGUUUAUAGUUGGUUAAAGAGCAAUAUUUGCUCUGAGGCUGAAUAACAUUGAAUGAAUGAGCAUGUGAAGAACAGGUCGUUCAUUCCUAUAACUGGAAUCAUCAUAUUUAUUGAGUACAUCACAGCUUACGGCCCAUUUGUGUUCAUGCACAACGCUGUUGGAUGAUUUUAUCUAAAGUGAUCGACAAAAUAAUAUUGAAGGCCACGAAACACGUCCUAAAUCGUUCUCAGCCACAGUAACCACGAAAACGCUCCAUUGUGUCAAAUGAGUGUUAUUGUAUCAACACUGUACAUACUCGAUCAUAUUAAACGCCUUUGUGUUGAACACGGACACGCAACAUAACUACUGGGAUCAUGGGAUCCAUCUUGCCAAAAACGACAUGAAUCCGGAAAGAAACAUCGGAGAAGCUGUCUUUGCCUUACUUGUCCAAACUUGAAAUCCGCUUGUCUCGUGUUCCUCGUCGCUUGACUAACAGCUGACGGAUCAUAAACGCUUCUUUGACAUUCAGCUGGUUUGGGCAGAUGUCAACGGGUUCUUAUGGUCUCGUCCGGUCGAGUGUAGAAGCUUUGAUAACACCUAACCAAAUACAAACGCUCACUCUUGUACUCAUCCUGCAGAACACAGCCGAAGGUUAAAGGGAUCGUUUGUGUGUAAUAUUACUUUCAUAUGACUUCUAUGUUUGAGUGUUUAAAUUGAACCUAAUAUAUAUGACGGAUGUGUCUGAAGCGCUUCUGUUGUGAUCACACACGCUGGUUUUGUUCUGGAGGUUUUCUGGUGAAAUGGACCGACUGGUUUUAAAGGUGUUAAAUUAUUCCCGUUGUGUUUGUUUGGGACAGAACGCAGCUGGAACUGUGAUAUAUUGACAAGCGUAUAGAACAUUUCUGAAUUGAGAUUGUUAAAACAUAUUUUUUCUUUAGUUUUCUUCACAGGUGUGUAACAGGAGCGUUGUGUUGUACAGGGGAUGUUCAACAGUGUCUCACAAAACUGCUCUGUGUCUCUUCAUGUUUAACUUUCUUGUGUCUUCUCUCUUCCCAAAGAAACACAAACAAUAUAUUCAAUAUUACAAACAUCAUAUUUAAUAUAGUGAAUCUCCUGGAGAGAUGUCCGGGUCAUAUUUCACCCUAAAAUCACAAGAAAAGUUCAAUAUUUUACUACAAAUAAAAUGAAGCCUAUUUUAGGACUAUUAGAAUAUGAUUAUCAUGACGGUGUUUUUGUCUGGAUGUUAAAAUCUGCAAAGAUGAAACUUUACAGUUUAUAUGAAUAUUGUGACGAGGAGGAGGCGGGGCUGUGAGGAUCCAGUUCAAAAGACACGCACACGCAUUGCAUGUGUGUCUGUGUUUGUUUAUGUUUAUUAAACUUUCGUUGACUGUUUUGCCGGUUCCUGCCUCCUCCUUCAUCCUUUAUCCAUUACAUUGAUGCCGAAACCCAGAAAUGAAACUGUGUGCGUCUCUUUCAAACUGGCAGCCUGACAGCCCUGCCCUCCUCCUCAUCACAAUAUAUAUCUGUCUGUCUGUCUGUCUGUGUGUGUGUGUGUGUGUGUGUGUGUGUGUGUGUGUGUGUGUGUGUGUGUGUGUGUGAGCGGUGUGUGUGUGUGUGUGUG